UUCGUUUAGAAUGAUUAGUUUCAGUUGUGGCAUCAGAGUGGAAUCAUUUAAAGAAACCGUGAAAAUGAACACGAUAAAGUCAAUAUACAUUUUCUAUACAUUUUUUAUAAUUUCUUUUAUUCAGCAAGCUGCAUGUCUUAAAUGCUACAAUUGCAAUUCCUAUUAUGACAACGACUGUUCUCAUUUGAAUGUUAACACUACUGCACAGCGUGAUUGUGAUUUAAUUGUGGGUCAACAUAUAUUCUAUUGUUUUUAUGGACAGGCAACAGUUGAAGGACAGGAGAUCACCUUACGGGGAUGUGCAGAAAAUUUUCUGAGUUGUGAUAAUAUUGCUGAUAAUAUUAAUGUGAUUUCUUGUCACCUAUGUGAUAUUGAUCUGUGCAAUAAUGCUAAUGCUACAGAUAAUUCAACCACACCAUCAACACCUCCUACAUCUUCUACAUCAACUACAACAACUACAACUGCAACUCCUUCUACACCAACUGAGACACCUUCGACGCCAACAGUGUCUUCAACUACACCAAAUAGUAAUCAAACAGUAUCAGAAUCAACCUCAACUACUCCAUCAAUUCCAACUACAACUGAGAGUAGUUCAGCCAAGUCACUCUGUCUUCUUUCUGAAAUCUAUGCAUUAAUUCUCUUUUCAAUAUUGUUAAUUUAUACUUCAAUUUGAAAAUUGUAAGAUAAUAAUGGAAAGUACUAAAAAUAAAAUAUUAUAAAUAAAUGAAAGAAUUGACGAAAAAUAA